AUGUCAACAAAUAUUUACAGCAACGUUGGAAGUACGUGUUGACAACAGACAUACGCUGCUGAUAACGAAGCUCAAAAAUCUUUCGCUAUUUUUUCUUCGAAAGUCAAGUCUAAAGAGCCGCUUAGCCUAACUCGAAUCCUCCAACCGCCGACAGAAAUCAGUGUAUGUGAGUAGAUGGUUUCUUUGUCGAGCUGAUCAGCAGUCAAUAAUGGUGUAUAAACAGGAACUACAGAAGUGGCCAUAAAGUGCCAUUUCUGUGAUACGUCUGCUAGCCGGUUAUAGACCGGCUCCUACAUGGGCCAGGCCGCAUGCUCCACUUGCAACAAUAUGGUCGCCUCACCAUGUCUGACAGGGGAGAUGUGUGAACCUCUGUUAUAAAGCAAUAAGUGGGGUUGGCCAUCGGAAUCUUGAGUUCGCCAGAGAGUGAGCCUGGGAUUCGGUAUUUAGAUAGACAGUUUAUAUUUAGAAGUCAAUUUGGCAAACACAUGUUUUCAACAACUCGUCGUCAGGCAAAAACAAUUACAUGGAGUCUAAAUUAUGCGAAGUUACAGUACUUUCCCUAAGGCGAAUUUACUUGCAUGUUUCAGGAACUCCCCCCUCCUAAGCUUGGGAUGUAAAGGCCGACUCCCUUUGCAGGCCACAUCGAUGUGCAUUUACUUUUUACUUGCUCAUGUGGAGGGGGAUACAUUGGCUAUACAAAGAGGCGCCUGGAAAAGAGAGUACGUGAACACAUACCGGUCUGGCUAGGCAGAGGUGAAAAUAAAUCCAUUUCGAGUUCUAUUCUCACACAUCUUGUCAAUACGAGUCACCGAGUCGAUGCCAGUGAAGCCUUUCAGGUUGUCUACCGGACACCAGCGAGCUUCUCCAGAGGCCUACGCCAACGGGUGCUAGUUACAGCGGAGGUAGUGACUAUACGGCUAGCCAAUCCAGCGCUAUGCUGUCAGAAGACUCUGACACAGGCGCUCUGUCUUCCGUGGCCAACGCCGACCCCAACAUCGCCCAACCUCCUGAUGGCAGUGUUGUGUGCACAACGUACCCGACGUACAAACACUACUUACAGCCCAUGUCCCCCUCUCCCUCGCUUCUUGACCCAAUGACGACGACUCGUCGACCACGCCAUAGCACGCCUCGCCAUGCGAGUGGCGUGGGAACGAUGAGUGUCAAUAGCCCCUGAAUCGCUUAUAAGCCCUGUAACUUCGCAUAAUUCCAACUUCUGUGUAACCGUUUUGGCCUGAUGAAGAGUUACCAAAAAUACGUGUUUGCCAAAUUGACUUUUCAAAUCUGCAUCUCUGUUAUUACGUUUCUUUCGUCCCAAUGCUAGUAAUGUGUUCUCCUAUGUGGUGACAGUCGAUUCACCACAGCGGUGUAUAACAAGCAUCCUGAAGUUUUCAGCACUGUGUGCGUAUUUCUUUAGUCGCAGGUGACAAUCUUGUAUGAGUAUCCUUCUCAUUCGCCGGCUAUAGCGGAACAUCAUUUGAUUAGCCAAUUCCGUGUUGACUGGAGGCUUACAGGGGAGACAUUUUGGCAUAACGUCGGACCUCCAAUAAACCCCUCCCGGGGAACGCCUCUUCUUCUUUUGACAGUUAAUAUCUACCUUGUGCUGAUAAAGGCUGCACUGUUCAGCUGUUUAGGUACAAACGCAUGAUCCGAUUCGUAAGCACUGCCCGUUUUCUUACUACGCACUGGUCUUCAAGAGACUGAACAACCUACAAUGUGGUCUACUUAGUUGGUCGUUGAGCUAUCGUUGACAGACUUGGCCAGCCGUUUCGGUGCUGCUGAAAAAUUUGCCAAUUCAUUUACAGACUGGGUACUUCCGUAUACUUUUUGCUGAUUUUGCCCAAAACCCCAACUCUACUGAGUUGUAGUGAUUUUGCAACACCAAGACGUCUUACAGGAGGCAUUUUAGGCGCCCUUGAGAGGGAAACGUCCAGCUAUGUAGGUACAAACAAGGGAUCUGACUCGUAGACACUGACCGUUUUCGCGCUAUACAAUGGUAUGCAUUCAUGAGCCCAGAUACAAAAAGUUGAUUCGCCGCUGAACCAUCGUUGGCAGGUUUGGCCAGCAAAUACUUACAACAACUUAGGAAGCAUACAUUGGCCACAGACCUAUGCUACUGAUAACGAAGCUCAACAACCUCUCAUCAUUGCUGCAUCGAAAUUCAAGUUUUAAGCGUUCGAUGAGUUGUUUUUUAAAAAAGUUGCUUGUCCUAGUCCGGAUUUGCCCACCACCGGCAGAAAUCAGCAGCUGAAGAUGAGAGAUUCCGUCAAGUAGUCCUUGCAUCUGCGAGUAGACGGUUCAUUCAUCAAGCUGAUCAGCUGUUGAUGACAGCGCUUAAACAGAAACGACAGGGAUGCCGACAGAGUGCCAUUGCUGUGGUACGUCUGCUAGCCGGUUAUCGACCUGUCCCUACACGAGCAAUGUCGCAUACCGCAAUUCCGAGAAAACUGCUACCUCAACGUGUCUAACAGAGGGGUUGUAUGGAGCGCUGUUAUAAAGCAUGAAAUGGGACGUGGUCAUCGGGAUCUUGAUUUGCCAAGAGGUUCAGCCUGGGAUUCGACAUUCAAACAGGCACUUAGAAUCUAGGUCGUGCUGAUAAGAAUUGCGCGGUUGGACACGGAACUAUGGACCCCGAUACUGCAGAUGGCCUUGAGCCAAUUUCUGUGGGGUUCCCUAUUCCCCUGUCCUGACCUGGACUCCAACCCUCAUAGUCUUAACCCUCAUAAUUCUAGCUUUAACACUAACCAUAAAUCCACAUGGAAUUUAGGGCAAGAACACCUGUGCAUUAUCAGGCUUGCGUUGCCAGAAUCGAGGAACGUCCGCACAUUCCACUGUCCAUUAGCAGGAGAUGCUAUCCUGAUUGGGUAGUCCAGUUGAAACACUGGUCGCUCGUUAACUGGACCAGAGUCGUGGCGCGCGUCUAUCAUCGUCGGAGCCGUAUCAGGGAUCGCACUGCUCAAAUUACACAGUUUCAUGAGGUCUCGUGGAUUCUCUGCGAAUUGUAGCAGCCUUUUCUCUGUCCCCUCGUUCUACUGUUUAUGCGUCACGGCUGCGCUCGCUAACCCUCGAUUUGCACUCCCGUCCACGCCACACUCCUGGUCGAUAAUUUGCCACUACCUUGUCGCGGGCUCGGAGCCAAUCAACGCAACUUUCUAUCGCUGAUUGGUUACAAGUGCACACACGGGACGCUGCCCUUGCGGACGUGAUUUUGAACAGACAGGACAGAGGCAAGAAGGACACAACACUUUUUUGGUGGUAGCGACACACUGAAGGCUCCGCAAAUGACGCUCUCCAGAACGAACGCUUAUCUCUGCCACAAGCAUACAGCCAACUUACGGCGACCUGCCCUGUGUACAGAAUAAACCCGUUCCCACAACUUUCUGGCUUCUGUGACUUGACCGAGAAAAAUUAUUGUAUGCGGUUUAAGUUGAUCUCACGUCCUUGACCACUACAGAGUAGACAGGUCCCUACUAGGCAACUGGAAUGAUUUCAUUUAGCGCCUCUGGCUGAAGGUCCUAACGUGAAGGCAACCAGUACUCAUCAGACCGGGAAACCCACUGAGUUCUCGGGUGGGCCAAAGUCGUUUUAUACAUCGCAACCCGUGGACGUGCCAACAUCAAGGCUAAUGAGCAGACCAAUCCUCAUGGAGAUCUUGGAAGAAAACUGCUCUCCUUUGUGCAGGCUACAUAAACAAACCCAUACGUACAACCCCCUCCAUAUGAGGUGGUAGUACGCGGCCGGAAAUCAGUAUAAGGUAAAGUCGAGGUGUCUGCAAUUAUUCUUCAGACCCUCAUGCGCUUCACCUCUCCAUGAGAAUCGCAUCAGUGCAAGGAGGUCCUGACAGUUAUCGUCGAUGAGUUGUUUGCCCUCGUUAUUCCACUGAUAUUGACUAUCGAUGAUGAUGAUGAUGAUGAUGAUGAUGAUGAUGAUGAUGCUGCUGCCGCCGCCGCCGCCGCCGCCGCCGCCGCCGCCGCCGCUGUUGUUGUUGUUGUUGUUGUUGUUGUUGUUGUUGUUGUUGUGGUUGAUGAUGAUGAUGAUGAUGAUGGCGGCGGCGGCGACAGCGAUGUUUUGGCUCGGCUUAUGCUCCAUUUCUAUCCUUUUGCAGCAACGGAUUCAAAAAAGGAGAUGACAUUUGAAGCACCAUCAAAAGGUCGGAACGGCUGGCCGCGGGAAAAGGGUCCCCAUACUACGGGUGGCCUUGAUCUAAAUUCCAGGGGGUGCCUAUUCGCGUGUCUAACUUUAGCUCUAACUCUGGGACUAACACUCAUAACCCUGGCCCUUGUCCUAAUCAUCCUAGGCCUAUUCCCAACACUAACACUAAUCGUAGCUUCCCCCACCUCCCGGAGUUCAGCGCGAAGCCACCUGUAAUACGGCGGCCUGUAUGGCCGUUUCUACCUAUGGAGCCGAUGGAGAACUUCAGAGGAGGUCAGUAAAUUCGUUCAAAUCUCAUAGUAUUUUCUAGUGAAUAUUUUUCCUUUUAAAAUGUCGUUCCAAACCCACUUCGACGCUGCCCACGUCUUCGUUGUCGUCAAUACGCUCGAUCACGACAUUGGUUUUGGUAAAAAGGGCUUUCUAAAUCGAAAAGUCAACCUUUUAAGGCCAUAUUUAUUAAAUAAGAGGACGAUAAAAUACUGACAGCUAUCUUUCCCGCAAGUGGAGGAGAUCUCGGUUUUUGUCAACAGAUAUGAGUGCACAGUAAUGGAUUUAAUGCACACCGAAUGGAUUGGCGUGUGAGACGAAGCUGAGGAUUUGGUUUGAAAAUUAACAGAUUAGCCAACCAGACUCAUAUGCAAGUUUGUCAAAAAGAUAAGUAGGGAAUUAGAGGCAGAAAGUGCAGUUUAGUUUUGACUUCAAGCUAGAACUGAAUGCGGGCUAGUCAGUAGAAAGUGCAAACUGCCCUUGGACUUUUACUUCUAAGACGGGUAGGGGCCUAAUACCACUGAAAGGAUUCAACCCACCACUACAAGUGGUCAUUUAAAAUUUCAUCAGAAACAGGUAAAAAGCCCUGGCAAAAUAACUGGCAGGAUAUUCAAGCCUCUGAUGCGCUUGAAAUGAAUUAGAAAGACAGAUGAGGUUUUCGAGAUGCAUUACAGACAAGGGCAGUGGAGAUUUGAUUGAUUGGUGCUGAAUAACUUCCCGUUGUCAUAAAGGCAUACAGGACCCAAGGUCUACAUUGGAAGGUGGGAUUUUGGCGCCCACUCCUGACAUGGAGCAUCGGUCUACAGUCCUAUCAGGCCGCCUCCUGGAGAGGGGCAAUUAGUCAUUACUUCUAACAGACGAAUAGUCAUUUCCAAGUGGUUCUUCAUAUGCCCAACCACUGCCGACGGGACAUGAUUCCAUGACACAGUAGCAGGGCCCGUUCGGUAUGGAAGGCUCUCGGGCACGAGCCUGGGAUCUUGCCGAACUGGGAUCUGGCAUGGCUUGGCUGGCGAGUUUAAAUAAAUCAAAACCGGUCUUUCUAGCCCCUGAAGUCGCUGUAUGCAGUACUUCGUAACCACUGAAUGCUCACCACUAUUCGACCGCCUGCGGAUGUCCUAAACUUAAACUCGGAUUCCUUCCUGACAUCAGGAUAAAUACGAAACUGACGUCCUCGUGUAAAAACCUUAUUCUCCCUUCGAUCGCCGACAAGAUCACAAUUACUGCUACUUUUUAAUUUCCUCAGAAAUUAACUGCGAACUUGGGGUUGGUCAGUAUAUAGCAAGGUGCAGACCGGGAUUUGAUGUAGGAAUGCUUGGACCGAAGUCUGUCGGCCACAGCGGGAUAACCACAUACUAUUCAUUAACUGUCGACAGACAGCUAGUAGUAUAUUCUGGCGUUAGAAGACGCCAUACCAGCAGCACGGGUGCUAGCUAGAAGCCCAGACACGCGUGUUUCCCCGAUAUUCUGCCUCUGCAUGGAACAGCUGCGAGGGAUUCGGCUGGGAGGACCCACUGAAGGGCAGAACCCCUUGCAGAUAUGUCAUCCGGCGGCAGAAUAUUGACUAAGCACGUGUGUCUGGGCCUUUAGCAAGUGCGUGUGCUGUUAGUAUGGUAUCUUCGGACACUAAAAUCACAGCCACCCCGUCAUGCUAGCGAAAAAUGCGUUGAUGUUCUUUUAAAAAUUUGUUGUUUUUGUUCCGGUCCUUUGAAGUGCAGUGCAAAUAGCCUUAAAAUGCACGUUAUAUUACCGACUUCCGAAGGCCCUGUUGACAAAUGAGACUAUCACCCAUUUUAGGUCGAUCCGCUGCUGAUAUUCUUAACCAUCAAAUGACUAAAAAGAGACCAACAUAACCUAUGCGCAGACUCUCAUGAAACGCUCAACUUAAGGAACUCCAGCUGGAAAACGCACAAUACUUAACUGAACAAUUAUAAACAGAAAACGGUACUUUUUACAUUGUUGCAGUGUGUCGCGAAGGAUCAUACCCUGUCUUCUACUAUGUCCAUGUAAAAAUACCUUUAAUUCCAUUAUCAGGUCCGAGAUUGUAAACAGUCAACAAUUAAGGCUUGAAAUUUGGAGGACAAGGCUACUGCAAGUAUCAAAUGCCGCCCGAUGAUUUAACGGAAAACUACUGAAAACUGUGUUGCGCACACUAAGCAGGUUGGGGGAAACUUAAAGGUUCGGAAACGCACCAAAGAUGAAUGUCCUUGCUCAAAUUUACGAAAAACCAACCAUUCAAAAUGUUGGGAAUUCCAACUUACUAGCAACUGACUAAUCUAUACCACACUGCCUUAAAACCUAAAGAACUUACAUCACAUUCGGUGUAUGAAAUUCAAGGUGUCAGUUGGACAGUAUCUUUUCUUUGACACGGCGAACGGUACAUGAAAGGAGGCAGCCGCCAUGGAAUCGGUCAUGUGUAUCCUUUGUAAUCUACAAAAUAUUACCUACUAACUGCAGGUAAAGUAACAUGAAUAUCAGCAAAUAGUAGAUUUUUCCCUUGUGUUUCCACAAGGAGCGUUAGCGACCGCCCGAAGCACCCCAAUUCAUUAAUUCGUAGUGCAUCAACCAUCUGUUUUUAAACUUUAAAGGAAAAUUUUCCGAAUUUAAAAUAGAUAGUGAAGAGCCAUCAGACGGUUAGAAAGGGGAGUUUCGGUUUAAUCACCUUCUCUCUGUUGAAGAUGUAAAUGAAAAUUCACGCAUGCAGAAGGAGCAUCUUAGCGGGUGGUAUUUCGUAUGGUCCUUGAAGUUCAUUGUUAGAACUGUGACCGUUUGUACUUGCCUUAGUAACAGCCACAAAUCGGGGGGUUGGUCUGACCCAUCUCUCCCCCCCUCCAUCCCCGCCUGUCUGUGUACAGUGUUGUAGGGGGACGGACGCUCGCACAUUUUCAGAUCAGCAGACCAAGAUUACGUCGCUUCAGGCGGCUCCCGCGCUGUCUUGAUUCUGGCUCAUAUGGAGCUCGACGUUGGAGCUGAGUACGUGUGAUUCCUGUCUAGCCCGUGGGUAGUCACUCAGGAUAACUAUUCCCUCUCCGGAGGUUCAUUGUACACACGCUGGUCUCUACUUCUGACCUCGUUUAUUCCGUUUUUUGCGGGAAUCGACUGAUAACAUAGGGAUUUAGCCAGCCCUUGAUGUGUGCAGUUCCAUUGCUAAAUAUUCCCACGGGUGGGUUCGCAAAGUCGGUCACUAAGUGGCGCAUGAUGGGUCCUCCAGUGUAAGACAAGGAUUUCCCCUAUUUAGUAUAAUUAGCUGCUUGUUUCCGGUGAAGUCACAUACUAAAACAAAUGUCGCCCUCUUCUGUCAGACCACUUCUACGAUUGGGUGCGACCACUUUUAUCAAGGCAUACAAGCUAUACAAGAUGUACAAGCUCUUUAAAACUCUCCAUCAGUGUCAUAUACAUCGGCAUUUUGGGGAUUUUUAGAUAGGAGAACGCCAGUUUUCAUUUUACAGAAGUAGUCAAUCUACUUAUCUUCACGUCCUCCCAUUUUUCAUCCUUUUUAAAAAGGGCCGAACGAGGAGGCAGAGGAGGAGGGGGAGAGGAGGAAAGGGUGAUUGGCAGCAAGCACUCAUUUUUCUUCUCUAUUCUGUUUUUCGAAGCCUAGACUCUCUAUAAUGGUGGUUAUGGAAGGUAGAGUACCCCUGGUACGCAUUACAGAAAAUGAAGGCGAAAAUUCGAGUUCCAGGUGUAAGUAUAAGUGAAGAAGGAUGGUUGAGCACCGGAACAUUUUGUCUAUUGUUCUGAACUUUCGAACUCGUGCAAGAGUCCAUCGUCAAAGAUGGUAGCGGCAACAGAACAUGGUACAGUUAUAGGGCGUGUAAGCCAAUCAUCGACCGACGGUGCAAGACUGGAGGUGACUGCGAGGGGCUCUGUACGCGGGCAUCAGAUCGAUAAGUCGACUGACCGAGUUCUCAUCCAAGACCUAGGCUUCAAUCAAUUCUCGGCUAGUUUUGUUUCCCGCCUGGUCGACUAUUUUGGUACUGCGAAGUUAAACUCAUGACCCUUUUCGUAGGUUUGGGCAGCAACUUGUGAUAAUGCGUCGCUAUCACUACUCCAGAUUGCUCCUCGGACUUUAACCAGUCUUUAAUUUUCAUGACCUUACUGCGCAUGGUGGCUUUGGGGUGGUGUACAAUUCCAACACCUACCUCCAUAGCAAUGCGCUCGGUUGCUUCUGAAACGCCCUUGAUGUAUGGCAGAAAAUGCCAAGCCGUUGAUGGUGUUAAUGUUUGGGUCCUCUGGGGGGCGACCGCGUAGGCAGCGACUUAGGAAUGCCUUCGGAUAGCCGUUUUGCACAAACUUGUCGCGGAGAUAACGGGCCUCAUGUGUUCGUUCUUCCGGUUUGCUGCAAGGAGUUUGGAUCCGUUUGAAGAGCGUUGCAGCGGAGCCUGAUGUUGGAAUUGCACACAAUGGACGCCAUGGACGGCACAUUAAAGCUGAGUCGCCGAGCCUGACUCCCAGCCCUCGAACCAGUCACCUCAUAUUGGGCUGCUUAGUCAUCUCAGGCGGUUUGAGCAUUCCGCCAUGGGUGACGACAUUUGUGUUCAAGUUAUCCUAAGGCGCCUGUUGGAUUACCUGCCAUUCGUUUCUUAGAAAAUUUUUGUUUGUUAAUCAGUCAGGGGAUUGUCGGGUGUAAAGACAAUUACACACCGUACGUCUAGUUUAGUCCGCCGGUCAGUGACGGGUAAUGGAGCGCGGUUGCCAUGCUUAGCACGGUUUCGUGGAGCCACAGAUGAUAUCUGUGCUUCGGAAGGGGGAGCAGCAUUGAUAUGUUUGAUGUGGACUGUCAAUUUGCGGCUUUUAGGUGCUUCUUGCUACCAUAGACGACGGCCACAAGAAGAUCAACCCGAAGUCUGGAAGGCUAUUCCUUACAUAAAGGGAGUCUCCGAGGUGUUUUUACGAUUCUUACAAACCGCCGGGGUAGGCCUUGUCCAUCGGCCCCAGGCAAUAAUUCGUCAUGGCUUGAUGCAACCCAAGGACAUACUGCCACCCACUGAAACCUCAGCAGUUGUCAACCGGAUACGUUGUUACGAUGGAGAUUGUAACUACGUUUGGGGGAACCGGACGGAACUUGGAGAAGCGCCUACAUGAGCUCAAACUGGCAACUCGGAGACAAGACCCGAACUCGCAGCUUGCGAUUCACAUAGGAGAAACUGGCCACAGUUUUGACUUCCAAGGAACAACCGUCUCAGGCCGGGACACCUCGAGGACAGAACGUCUCACACUUGAGGCUUGGUACUCAGAUUUCGACUCCAUCAACGGGUAUCUAGACCUUCCUGCGGCCUCUAAGGUUCUACGUCACUAUAUACGACAUGAUCAGGACAGGACAGUCACACGGAGUCUAAGAAUACCGCACAAACAUGGCCCGUCAACUAAUUCACCCAAUAGGGGACACAAAUGCAACUGAUCCCAAGUGAGGUGACGACAUUCAACACAGGAGGCCACCAACAUUCACAACCGACAGUCAGAGAGCCAAGACAGAGAAAGAAGAAAAAAAACUGAUCAGCCCGAGGCCAACUAGUUCGGCCGUUUAUUCUAAAUUCUGGUCGAUUUUUGCACAAUUCCCUUGAUCCGAUGGGCACUUCAUUUUUUUCUCAAACUGAUAUGAUCGUAAAAACUACAACAUUGGUCCCUGCUGACGUCACAUGUACAUACAUACAGUACCUGACCUAUGUACUCAGGAGACUUGGUAACGGAAACUGGUAUGAGAGUUUUCAGACACCCUGAACAAUGCGCAUUUUCCUCAAUCACCCACUCCCUCUGUUAAAUGUCUUUUCUCCUGCAGACUAGUUGCCUAAGCACAUUUUCAAGACUGAUCUAAAAUUCAGCGUAGUCUAGAGCAAAGGAAAUAGUUCAGGUUGAUGUAACGGAAGAGAGGUUCUCUUCAUAUGCAUAGAAUGGUUUGCUAACGGCUGCGCCUGCCGACUCAAUUUAAAUUUAGUAGUCACUGACCGGCCUAAUAGCAUGUGUCCUUAUGGAGAUAUUUAUUUGUGUGACGUCCCUAUCGGCGGAAUAAGGCAAAAUCCUGCCUCAGUCAGUGCAGAAGUGAAAAAAGGGUAAGAUGUGGUUAUGCAGCCGCACCUGAUGGACACAAUACUGUUGGCGUUGGGGUUGGUUGUUAGGGGUUAGGUGUUUGGGUUAGAGGUUAGGGUUAGCGGCUAGGGGUUAUGGCAACUAUUUCUCAGCCACUCAAAGUACAACCGCGCAUUCCUAAUAGCUUUUCUUUUGCAUACAAUUACUUGACCUUGUCGCCUGUGCGUUCCCCGGCCCUACCUGUAAAAACCCCUUUUACCACUGGUCUCGUAUUAUAGGUAGUUGGGGGUUGUCUACCACAGGCGCGGCUACAUAACCAUAUCUGACCGAAAAAAAGUAUAACUGAUUCUCAGGAAACCGCUUUUGAAUAUAUACCCAGAAUAUAAGCGCUUUACAAACCGUCAUACAUGACAUUACGCUAAUUCCUAACGAAUAUUUAAAUGUAAACUUCAUUAAGAGACUAUUUUUCAAGUGUUAUUCUGCUUGUGCUGUCUUAUUAACCCAGUUUUUAUAUGGGCGGGCUUUCUGUGCAUCUAAAGCUGAAAUUUACUCAAACACAGCAAGUUUAGACGUUUUCGGAAGUUUCCGCUUUUCAAAAGAAUUAUUAUUUCUAAACAACGUACUAUUGCCUUUAAUAUUUCUUUUAUGUUUUUAAUUCCCUUAAAGUUGUUCUUCAUUAAUGCAGAUAGAGGGCCCAUCGAUUUCUGCUGAUCUGCGAGUGAUUAGCAAUCAUUUGUAAACUUCCACACCUUUCAUCAGUCAAGUCACCUAGUGUAUACCCACGAAAAAAAUCACCUAUAAUUCGAUCCCAGGCCGAUAGCCUUGGGCUUUGAGCCCAGCUUAUUGAGUCGACAUUUAUUUUUACGUUAACAGUCCUGCAUAUUGAUUUAGGAGUCUGCCCUCCACCUAUUGCAAUUGAAAGUACCUAAAAGCACGUAGCAAUUUUUCCGUCCGCUCAUUCUAUUUUUGAUAUCAAAUAUAGACGAUUUGUCUAGGCCUAGGGAGUUGAAUCCGGAGCCCUCGCAAUCAGUCAUAUAAUGACGACCAGCUGACUAUUGAAAAGCGCUAUUGACGAAAACGAGGAGGAUCGAAUCGGUCAUUCAAGAUCGGGAUCUUCCCCUGGCCUAACUUAUGACGGUAAAUGCACCAGAAGUGGUCAACUGGGUCUCCUUAGGAGUGUCACCUACGUUGUAGACCCAGCCCUUUGCACUGCUCUAAUCAGACAGAUACAAACCAAGGCAUAUUAUCCGGUUUUUGCGAAGUCAGGAUCCAAUCAACGACCUGGUUAGAUAACGCUGGAAGUGUGGUACUGCCAUUUCCGAAGGCGCUGGCUGAUGUAGUCCCUCUCCCCAUGUGCUUGCGGUUCAUUCGUGUUUUCGGUUUCUGCACCUACUACCACCCAUUGCAACUGAGGGCAAAGUGAUCUCCUGUUCUGCAAAGCAAAGUUGAAACUCUAGAUCGAGUGAGCAUAAAAGCCCACCUACCUAAAUAAACCUGCAAACUUUUAUCGCCUCUUGAAUAGAAGUUAUCAAUAUCUGUCAGGAAACUGUCUCCGUAUGAAGGGGUUAUCAGUCUAUCUGUGGGAAAACAUUUAGGAAUGGCGAAUUUCACGUGCGAUCCGUUAAAGAAAAACAUUUUCAAAUAUACAACAUGCUUGGGAGCGCUGUUGUCGAUUAUGACAUCUCACUUUAAGUUAACUGCAGAUAACCAAAACUUGUUAAUCUGCAGUCUAUGGUGUCACGGGUGAAUGACGUCGUUAAAUUGGUCGGUUUAUCCAUAAACGCUGGGAAGACUAAAGCGUUUUCAAGCUGCAUCCCUGACCAGGAAAAGGCACCUCUCGGUAUUGGUGGUUGUCGACUUGAAGAAGUACACAGUUUUCAAUACCUCGGGGCGAGGCUGCUGCCUAAUGGACAGAGUAAGAACGACGUUGUCUCCCGAAUCGAUGCUACCCGCUGGGUUUUCUCGAGCCUUCGGAAAUGCCUAUGGAUCCGACGUGACGUCUCCAUCGCCAAUAAGAUUCGCGUGUACCGUGCAUCUUCCCGGUUUGUCCCUCUCUACGGUUGUGAAUGCUGGGCUUUGCGCGUGGAGGACGAACAACAAAUGGAGGAAUUUAACCAUUGCAUCUUAAGGACCAUCCUUCGAGUGAAGUUCACCGACUUCGUCUCAAAUGAGACAGUCCGCGCUCGCUGCGACAACAUCGUAAGGAUAACCCAAGCCAUCCAAGAAAGACGACUGAGGCGGUUCGGGCAUGUUCUUCGUCGUCCACCUCAGGAGCUCAGUGUUACUGCCCUCAAUCCGGCACCGUUGCCCAAUUGGAGGCGUCGAUGAGGGGGUCAGGUCAAAACCUGGCUUGGCACAGUUCGUCAAGAUAUGGUGGUGGUUCUUGGACCUUCGGUAUUCGGUCUCCGUCGUUGGCGAAGGGAAUGGGUUGAGCUGUCCAGAUUUGCUGCCGCGGAUCGUCAGGCGUGGAGAGAUACAGUUCGUGACAUCAUCGAGGCCAGCUAGAUCAGGCAUGAUCGCAGCCGUAUCAAGUACAAGUACUUUAAGUAAAGAAACAGUUAAUGAAGAAUCAAGGCUGAAGGGCAUUGCCGACAAUGACGAGGGAGAGUGGGAUGGCCAUACCUGGCUUAUUAGCCGUCGUCAGUCAGUCUUAUUCGGUCACCGUGUCGAUUUUGAUCGGAAAUGUUAACCCCGUUGGAAGUGCGUUGAAUGGUCAGGUUACGGAGCAGGCUCCUGUCUUCGUCGUCAAUCACCCACUGCAUGCGCUACUAGUCGCUGCGCGAAUGUCUGUGCGGACUCUCAAUCGAGUCCCAAAGUAGAACAUACAGUAGGUGGGCUAACUCAUGAAAUGCCCUCUGGAAUUCCGAAAUGCGUUUUGGUUUCGAAAAGAUGAAUAAAAUAAGGUUGUAAAACUAAUCAUCGUGCAGCAUAAUUCUAUGAUAAUUCAGUUACCUCAGGAUACCGGCUUUCGUAUGAACUUCUUUUCAGCAGAAUGCAAAAACUAUACUCUACAGACAGAUGACUACUUAUGUAGCAUGCAUUUUCUUAUUAAUUUUCGAUUGCCUUAAAAACUCAAUUGCAUUUUAUGAAAAAAAUGCACAAAACAUUUAUACUUUUAUUCAUUCUUUUAUUCAUUCUUUUAUUCUUUUAUUCACCUACUGUACCCGGUUUUGCAAGCUAAGAAAUUCGGCGGGUACAGAAGGAACACUCAUUCUUCAAAUUCUUUCUGCCCUUCUCAUAGCAAUUUGCCUCUGUUCUUCACACCUCGACUUAAAAUUUGGGGUCCGGUGAAGUGAAUACCAAAAGGCGAACACCUCUCAAAAAUAGGGGAUUAAAGUCGGCUCACCUAAGUAAGUGACGAUUUACUGAACGGAUGGCGAGACGAACAUGUCCUCUGCCUUUUUCCCCUUAAGAGCAUUCGGUUAAAGCCCUCGCAGACGAUCAAACAGCGACUAUAAAGCAAGUGACGUUAAGUCUCGCCAACAAACACGGCGGAAGCCAGGGUGACCGUUUCCGGCUUAUGUUCCAUCACCAGCCAGACUCAUCCUUACCUCGAGCAGGUGGACAUGCUACUUGAAACUCGAGUCGGUCUCUGGUAGAGAAUUUGGGCUAACAACUGUACAGUAUCCCGUCCACCAUGUUCCCCGAAAACGGGCCAUGCGAGAGAUGGGCUGAACCAACACAGGGAGCGAGAUCGGAGUCCGGCCGGCGUUGUGGGACUGCGCGCUCAUGACAAAUGCCACCACCGGGAGGUGAUGGCAGGCCUGGUUACCGGCUCAAGCCGCGCCAGUUGGGGUCCCUGGAGCCUUUAUCUUUUUGUUGGGCUGUAAAAUCCUGACCAGUGUUCGCUGUGGACCAGAGGAUGUGGUGGUGGUGGUGGUGGUGAUGGUGGUGUUGGUGGUUGUGGUGGUGGUGGUGGUGGUGGUGGUGGUGGUGGUGGUGGUGGUGGUGGUGGUGGUGGUGGUGGUGGUGGUACACCUGGAUACGGGUUUUCGCCAUGCCAAUCGCCUGCCCCCUCUCCCGCCUCCGGUUGUCUUGGCUCUAUCGUGACACCGGAUCCAUGUGGGGGGGGGGGGGGAAGGAGAGAGUGCGGUAGAUUAUGCGUAAGUUUACUAUCCCUACAAGAGGAGUCACACGCAAACCACCGUCCCUACUAUCACCCCGCUCUGGAGCACCCAGUGGACAUCGUCGAAAUCGACGGUCGAACCGUCAUCCCCGUCGGUGCGUAG